AUGACACCCAAUCCUGAGCCGUUUACUGUCCCUGACCUUGUGUCCUUCACCAAACUCUAUCACCACCGCCCAUUGCCCUACAUCUCCCCUACGCGUCCCUCAAACGCUGCAAGGUCCAAGAAUGUCCUCGUCACCGGCGGCGGCACAGGCAUCGGCAAAGCCACUGCCAUUGCCUUCCUUCAAGCCGGAGCAGCCUCCGUCUCUAUCCUUGGCCGGCGUGAAGCUCCCCUUUCAUCUACCGCCGACCAACUCCUUGCCCUUGUCGGUCCAGGAGGGAAGACGCAGGUUCACUUUGAGGUUGCAGACUUCCUCGACAAGCAGGCGGUCGACGCCGCCUUUGCCCGCAUUACCGCAAAAUUUGGCCCCAUCGACGUCCUUGUGAGUAAUGUUGGCGCUGCCGCAGGCCCUUCUCCUCUUGCAACCGGCGACGCGGAGCAAUUUACGCGCUACUGGGGCCUCAACGUCAUAACGGCGCUUCAUGCCCUACAGGCAUUUGUACCACGCACUUCGAAGCACCCAGUGGUGAUCAAUGUGACCAGCGCGAUGGCGCACGCGUCCCCCGCAGUCGGUGUGAGCUCCUACGCCGUUAGCAAGGCCGCGAACUUGAAGUUGAUGAACUACUUCGCUGCUGAGAACCCUAGGAUCCGUGUUGUGAACCUCCAUCCGGGAAUCAUUGACACGGACAUUGGGGGAGGUAUCAAUAAAAGCAUUGCACAAGACGUGGUUGACCUCCCCGGGCAUUUCUGUGUCUGGCUGGCCUCGGAUGAAGCUAAGUUUCUUAGCGGGCGUCUUGUAUGGGCGAACUGGGAUGCAGAAGAGCUGGUGGCGCGAAAAGAGGAGAUUGAGGGUUCGAGACUCCUGACUUGGUGUCUAGACGGAGUGCCUAUGUAG